CAGGGAUGUGUAACCCAAUAUUUUUAUUUACCAUUUUUUGUUGUGGCUACUUUACUUGGAACAUGGAAACCUUGGAAGAUGUGAAAUAUAUCCCACAUAAAUCAAAGGCUGAUGAUAAAAGUUCAGUAUGGUAUUAUUUUUUGGUUUCUGCUUGCGGUGGGCCGACAGCGCAGUGCAAAAGCUGCAAUAAAGUUCUAAAGACCUGUUUCGGGUCAACUAAAGGGCUCUUAACACAUUUAAAAUACCACAAAAUAGAGUUAGAGAGAAAGCCUGGCAAGCCAACAAUGAAGAAAUUACCAAAAAUACCUCCACUUAAGCCAAAGUAUGAAAUAAUUGAUGGAAAAAUAGCUCCAACUAGUCCAACAAGAAGUAAUAACUCAUCUACUGGUUUUGACGGAGACAUUAGCAAUCUUUACGAGAAACAAAUUGAGUUUGUUGAUGGAUAUUUGGGGGAAAAUCCAUUUAUAAAUGAAGACAGCGAUCAUACUUUUGAACCUAAGCCACCAAAAAUAUUUAAACGCGAAAAUCCAUAUCAAAGAAACAAAACAUUAGAAGAUCUAAGGACCCGCGUGGAAAUACAACUUAUGCGAGCGAAAACAACAUAUUUCACCAAACAGAUGGAGAACCUCGAUAUAGAACGUUCCGUAAUGUUAUUAAAAGCAAAGAAACUAGAGUUGGAAGUAGAGAAAUUGCGCAAUGAGGCCCGUGGGAGCAUAUUACCAACUGAAAAGCAAUGAUUUGAAACCUUGAGUAAUAUAGAAUUUUAGUAUUGUAAUACACCGUGAACAAAUAUUCGCAUGAGAUAAUAUUUUUGAAAUCCCCUAAAAGAAUAAGUACAAAAAUGGCAAUUAGAUCAAUUAUGUAGAUCAACACACUUUUCUCAGAUAUCAAUGCUAAAUUUUAUUUACUUCUCUGAAGGAAGUUCAGUUGUGGAACACCACAUAUUUUAGUUUCAAUAAGAUGGGGUUAGCCUAAGCAUAUAUGUAUGUAUUAUAUAUUUAUUUUUACAUAAAAUUGAAUUCAUUUCAGUUUAAUUAAAUUCAUUGAAAAAAGAAAGUACGAGUUAACGAUUCAAACGGUUUCAGUACAAUGUGCUGGAUCGGCUUAUGUAACUGCAUAUUUGUUUGAUAUCUUAUUAUAUUAUAAGUGUACUAAUAAUAAUUACUAAUUUUUUUACUGUUGUGUAAUCAGUGCUUUAAGUAAUACAUUACACAAUUAUGUUUAGCUUCAAUCUGAGGUCACUAUCAUCCCGGCAAUGCGCACCGACUGCAAAAAUAUUUAAUUCUAUCAACUCCCAGUCAUCAGAUAAUGCUUUUUAUGUUAAACAAUAACAUUUGUAAUGAAUUAAAUUGUAUAUAUUGGACAAAGCAUGAUAAAUACAGAUCUUAAUUGAUUUUGGCGGCCGCCGUAACCGAAUGGGUUGGUGCGUGACUACCAUUCGGAAUUCAGAGAGAAUUUAGGUUCGAAAAUGAAGGAAGGCAAUGGCAAAGGGUGUACGCGCCAAUUAUUAUUAUUGAUUUUGGUUAUUUGUAUUUGCAUUUCGACAUUAAUUACAUAUAAUUUUAAGUGAAAUGCACGCAACACCAAAACCGCGGGCUGAAUUAUAACACAUCCAAUUGAUUUGGUGCGAAUGAACAAAAUAAAAUUUUGGACUUAUUAAAUCACUUUCGUA